GCUGACUGUGAUCCGCUGGGAGUGCUUCCAUACAGCUGUGACGAUAAAUGUAUUUAAGGCGGCUCUAGUGUGUCUUUUAAUAUGUUAUUAUAGUUUGUUUAUGACAGCAAAUAUUUUAAAAGUCGGUAUUAGUGUUUGUUUGACGGAGAUAACCAGAGUGGCAGACUUGGUACAGUCAAAAUGGCGCCCGUUUGUUACUCGACGCUGUGCUAAUCCGUCUGUGAUUAUUAGCCAGCUAGCUUCAUUUUAAUCCUCCGUAUUUCGCUUGGAGUGAGAAGGUCUGAAGCAGACACUGGCCGAACACCGUCAGUGGCGUCAUGUCGGACUCGGAGGAGGAGAGCCAGGACCGACAGCUUAAAAUUGUAGUCAUCGGCGACGGCGCUUGUGGAAAGACGUCACUCGCCACCAGGUUUGCUCAGGAGGCCUUUGGGAAGCAGUACAAACAAACCAUCGGCCUGGAUUUCUUCCUGAAGAGAAUAAGCCUUCCAGGUAAUCUGAAUGUGGCCCUCCAGGUGUGGGACAUCGGAGGACAAACGUUAGGAGGGAAAAUGCUGGAUAAAUACGUGUACGGAGCUCACGGGGUUCUCCUUGUGUACGACAUCACCAACUACCAGAGCUUUGAGAAUCUGGAGGACUGGUUCAGCAUGAUGAAGAAGGCCAAUGAGGAAUGUGACAUCCAGCCUGUCGUCUCGCUGGUCGGAAACAAAAGAGUUCCAGCACCAUCAAUCACGGGCGAGCACAGCCCCUAUUUGGGUGACUUAAAUGGGUUCAGUUCUCUUAACCCUUCCUCAUCACUCACGGGGUCUUUACUCAGAGGGUCUUGGCGACCAAUCCGCUCAGUGUCCCUCCAUGGGAAACUCCAUGUUAAACUCCAAUAGUGUCUUUCUUACUGACUUGGCUUCUUUUUUUUGUUGCCUUUUGCUGCAAUCUCAAAGUGACUGUUUUGCAGCAUCACUGUUUCAAUUACACACUUAAACUUUAUCUUUCUCAUGUGUGGACGUUUGCUGCAGUCGCUUUUACUCGCAGUGAUAUCUUUUUUUAUUGAUAUCUCCACUAGGGCUGGGUUAAAUGAUUAUUUCUGUAAUCAAUUAAUCUAGAAAAUAUUUUUUCCAUUCAUUGAUUAAUCCCUUAAAGUCCCUGAUUAGUCCCUGAAAACAUAAACCACAAACCAGGUUAAUAAAUAUAUAUAUUUCUAAAUGAUCUGCCCAUAUCAAUAAAGUAUAAUAACAUGAAUAAUACAAUAACAAUAAUAAUAAUAAUAGAAAUCAAACUAAUUAUAGCGUGUAUUUGAGGAGUGUGUUUUCGUGUGUGCACAUGCUCUGUGUGUGCGAUACUGGAGCAGGAGCGGGUACAAGAUACCUCAAUCGGAUUGGGGAAAGGAAUCCACCCCUGGGAAUCCCAUUAUAUAUUCAUUCGGAUUGUCACUUUUCUUUCGGAAUGAGGUGUAUACAAAGGUUACAUUCUUUCCGUUUGAGCAAAUAACCCCAAUGGAAUUGGAAUAUUUGGGUCCAUGUAUACGUGGCUACUGACUUCUGGUUCCGGUUUCCAUGCUAACACGCUGCUGUCAGUGAGAUAAAAAUAGAUGAAACAGAUAUAAAAUGGAAGUUACGUGGUGCCGUUUGGCUAUAUGACGGGGUUAAUCAUUGCAAACAAGGAAAUAAAAAAAGUUGAAAACUUACGGCUUAGGUGCUGUUGCAUCGCUGUCGUGCUUUUGUGAUACGCCAUCUCAAUUUUGCACAGGUCACAAACCACCGCAUCAUUACCUUUUGCCGUGAAGUAUUGCCAUACUUUGGAUACUCUGUUGCACCAUCUUUUCUUCUGGCCAGACUCACUGAAAUUUGUUGCUGUGGCCGCCGCCAUGUUUUGAUUCUGAGUAGCGGUGUGGCGUUCGUGAACAAACGGAUCAAAAGAACUUUAUUGCGAACGAAUGAAACGCCCAUAAAAUACCCGUUCAGUUCAUGACCGACACAGCCACAGACAGAAACUAGUUGUUGAGCUGUUGAGUCGGAACGAACGUGAACAUGAGUGAACGGACUGACUCGACACGACUGAGCGGGUCUAUGCAGGGGGGGGGGGGAUCACAGGCUAACGACCAAUUAACCGAAAUGAACGGCUAUUUUUACUGAAUGAAGCGGAAUGAUCCUGUUCACUGAAAUGAACGCUUUUGCCCACCACUAAUUCUGAAUGAAGGCGCAUCGACAUGCAGUUCUUGUGUCGACGUAUUUUUCGAUGACGUGGAUACGCCGUCUCACCCUUUCUCUCCACGUGUCUUUGAUCUUCUCCACCCAGCCACGGUAGAGCCGAAGCAACAUUGUCCACCAACAUUGUCUGUCUUGACGUGUUUGGAGAUUUAGUAUGGUGAAGCUCCACCACCCCUCUGUCACAUGGUUGCCUCCUGUGUAUUCAGUAUUGGCCUGCACAUUGCUCAAUAGAGAGAUGCUCACAAGUCCAGGGGUGCAGACGAGCUCAAUGCGCUUCUGUUUUUGGUAUAGCUGAAAAAUGUUUUUUUUGGCUCAACCCACUCGUACUUAGGUCCUCUUACAACAAACUAAAAGGUCCUAAUUGCCCCUGAGGGAACGGUUUAGCCACAAUAGACAUGUGGUGGGACAAAAGCCCAGUACUCUUGCACCCUCAACCCCUCCCCAGAUUUGAAGGGAUGAACACGUCAGCAGUGUCUGUGUUGCAGGGUAGGUUGUGCAACCACAGCUUUGACACUGUCUAUACAGUAUAUAGAUCUAGUUAAGGCAUGGUUUACGCUUGGAUCAAAACCUGGAAUGUCUGCCGUUUUGCAGCAAAUCCAGCGCUUCCUUUUUCUCUUCACUUUUUUAUUCGACCUGAAAGGGUUGGCGCAGACGUAUCAAGUUGUCCCAGUAAACUCUUUUUUUUUUAAAUUGAAAGUCUGGCCAGAGAUGGAAAAUGUAGAAUGGAGUUACAGCUGGAAUCAAGGGGGAUGAGUGAAGAACUCCAGCUGUAUUACAUUGCGACAGAUAAGUGGUGUAAUGAUCCCUGCGGCCAUCGCUGAGCUGUGCGACCGGCACAAAUACUUUCGAGGAGUUUGUUUAAGCUGAUUUGUGGCCCCCUUCCAACGUAACGCAACUUGAACUAUGAUUUUAAUUGUGAAUUGCUGACUUUGCUGUGCACCCCUCCCCAGUCUCUCUCAUCUCUUUGGACUCUUGUGCCUGUUAAAACAUGGAAAGUCCUCAUUCAUUCUAGCCAUCCAUAAAGUAAAUAUUGUUGCACAUGCAGCUGAUGAUCAGUCUUCCAAUUCCGUCUUGUGUGGUCAGUCACGGGCCAUUUGAGUUGCACAGCGAGGCUUAGCCACCUGACCUGAAUGCAUCCUGGAACCCUCAUCAUUCUCAGGCUCAACUUUAUUUCUUCACUUCUCCACAACAUUGAUAUGGAGGAAUUUGUGCAACAAGCGAGGGGUGGCGUUGACGUAAGAUUUUUAGUAUAUUACCCACUGAUCUGCAUCCCUUGGCUUACAUGUUUUUGAAACGCAACUUCUUUUACAUCACUGACUUUGCCACACCGCUCUUGGAUCACUUUUUAUUUGCACAAGUGGAAGUUUGUUUACAUGAUGAUAGUGUUUUAGAUCCUGGAACAAGUCUCGAAGCAGAAGCUGCUAGUUUCUUUUCUAUAGAAAUGCUGCAAAAUAGCCACAUUGGAAAAAUAAUAACACCAGAUUGGCCAAUUAUUCUCCGAGGACCUAGCAAAUAUUGCAGCAAUCCUAUGCACAUUCACACAACGACACCAAAUCCCAAAAUCAACCCGAAAGUCGACACUAGAGCGUCGUGUGUCAUAUAAAAUGGACGCAGAGAAUCGCUUUCACCACAACAGGAUGGGAGAAGUGAGCCUUGGGUGUUAAUCUUCACACCCCUUUUCCCGGCAUUGCAGGAUACCCUUACAAGCUGGCAACGUUCCACCUUUGUGAUGGCUCUGAAGGCAAAAAACUGGUAGACUUAUACCGAGGCAUUCUGUUUAUACAGAACACUGAAUAGUGACACUGAAUAGUGUUAAUAAUAAUGCCUGGCACUUACAUGUUGCUUUUCAUAACACCAAAUGAUGGAAAAAGGCACGAAAAGGCUAGCUUUUAUAGGAAUUGUGAAAGGAGAUUCUGUUUCCAUCUAAAAAUUUAAAUCUGUAGUCUAUGAAUAUGAUUAUGUUCAUUGUCCAAUCUGGAAAAGUGUGAGGAAGUCCUUUUAAGUACUGUGGAACUUCAUUUAGAGUCAUUAAUUUGGGCUUGUACCGUAACUGUUAGUAAAGAGCUACAGAGUCAACAGCUAAUAAUGAUGUCAUUGACUGGAGACGGUACUGUUUACGAUACCGGAGUUUUUCCUCUUUCCGAAUGGAAUCUAUCUGAAUGACCUUUCCAAAAGCAAUGGUAUCCAUGGAAAGGAAUAUUCCAAUCACGUGUCUACAUGCGCCGCUAUAAUCAACCAGAAUAGUCAAUGGGGCAUGCCCAGUAAAACGUAAACAACAACAUCACGUGAUACCGACUUCCUGGAGUUUUUCUUUCACUUGUUGGAAUAACUCUGUAUUGCCAGUUUUUCCUUCGUCCAGUCUUGGAAUUUAGUUUGACUCAAAAACAAACUUUCCUUAGCAGUCCAGUGCCGAUUGCUCGCCUCCAUUUUUUUUAAAAUCGAAGAACGUCUGGAGCUGCGUGUUACGUCAUAUCUCAACAUUCGCUGAAAGAACGCACCCGGGAACAGGAAAAGAUAAAGUUCAAUCUUGCUAAUAUUUUAUAAGUUCAUUAUAUUUCUAGAAUAAAUGUAAAACAACCAUUUUUGUGUUGUUUAUGUUGUAACAUUGUUGUUCAGACAUUUUAGCUAAAUUCAGUCAUUCAUUCAUUUUCUACCGCUUAUCCUCAUGAGGGUCGCGGGGGGUGCUGGAGUCUAUCCCAGCUGUCUUCGGGCGAGAGGCGGUGUACACCCUGGACUGGUGGCCAGCCAAUCACAGGGCACAUAUAGACAAACAACCAUUCACACUCACAUUCAUACCUAUGGACAAUUUGGAGUUAACCUAGCAUGUUUUUGGAAUGUUGGAAAAACCACGCAUGCACGGGAAGAACAUGCAAACUCCACACAAAGAUGGCCGAGGGUGGAAUUGAACUUGGGUCUUCUAGCUGUGUAGCCUGCGUGCUAAACACUCUAACACCGUGCAGCCUAAUUUAGCUAAAUAUGCAUGGCUAAAGUGAAAGUUAUGGUUGCUCCAUUUUUUUUUGUUAACUGAUAUUUUGCUGAAACUUCCCUAUGUUCUACUGCUGAUUACUAAAGAAUGAAAAAAGGUAGAAACAAACUUCUUUUUUCUGAUGAAAUAUGAGCCUAAUCUUUCUUUUGAUAUAUACCAUAUUUAGCCCCAGAACAGAACAUUCUGUGUGCUUUGAAAAAUUUGUCAAAAUCAUCAAAAAUGACCGGUACAGAGUGGGACGGCUUUUGAAAAAUGGACGGGAUUGAAUACCACAAGACGCGUGCGAUAAGAUAAGAUAAGAUAAGAUAUGCCUUUAUUUGUCCCUCAGUGGGGAAAUUUGCAUUGCACAGCAGCAAGAGUACAGAAUCAGUUAAGCAGUACAACGUACAAAAUACACAGUAUAAAAAAAAUAAGCAACCUAAAUUUUAACAAAUCAACAAUUUUACCCAGCGUUAUAUACAAAUACAUUUUGCAGAUAAUAUGAAAUGAGAUGAAAUAUAUGAGCAGUCUAUACACUAUGAGAUCUUGCUAGUGAGUUAAUAUGAGGCAUUAUAGAAAUACUUCACUUAGAACUUUAUAUAUUGUACUUAGAACCUAAUAUAUUGCACGUGGAGCUUGAUGAGAUAUUGCACAGUGAAUGGAGUCUGGAGUAACUAUACUGAAUAUAAAAAAAAACAGUAUUCCACAGAUGUACAUAGUGGUGUAGAAGGUUUCUUUGUACUUUUAAUACUUCUCCAGCAAAUAGUACCUGCACCACAAUACUAUCAUAGUGUUCUACAGGCUUGACGUGCAUUUAAGCUACCCAAGUUGUGCCACACUGUUUAGCAGGACUUGUAGGUCUCCGGUGUGACUAAUAUUUCAUAGAAGAUGCCUGUGGACCGAAUCAUUGUGAAUAGACUCCCAGGGAUGUAACGUGUCCGAUGCUGAAGGCACCCCUGUGCUCUGUAGAAAUAUUAUACAGCGCAUAGCUGUGCUUCGGCCUCACGGAGGCACGCAUUACUGGCCGCCUCGCCCAUAAAAGUCCACUUAGUUUAACAGCGGCAGGAGAGCUCGGCGGACACGGCCAGUGAAACCCCGGGCAGCGUCUUGUGCGGUCAGCUCAGAACUGGGCCUUUUGUUCACAUUUCACGAGUCUUGAGGGCCCGCUAAGCCAUCCUGCGAGACUCUGGGAGCCACAUUUUUUUUUUACUGGAAUCGAGUAGUGCAAGUACUGCAGCUACCGCCAGCCUCUAAGGAGUGAGGGAAGACCGCAUUGUUGCGAGGCCACCAUAGAAGAGAGUGUGAUGGAGGUGUGAAAACGCCGCGCGUGUGCUUUUCAUGAAAAACGAUCAAAUGACAAGAUGAGCUGUGAUCAAUGAGCUGUCGACAGAACACUUCUGACCUAGUGGAAAGCAAGUCCCCUGACGUUCCUGGCCGGUUUCAGGCCACCGGGGCAGGGGGGCGCCGACGCACAAAGAGCGCUCUGUCUCUGUCAGGAUUCCCCCGAGGAGUCUCGCAAAAAGGCCCCGCUCACCUCCGACAACACCAGCCGGCUAACAGCACUUCAUCUGUCCGUAGUCACUCCAAGCCGUCGUGAUUAUGUUAUUACCGACGCUUUAAUACGCCGAUGAUUGCUUCUCAUUAUUCUGUCACCAGUUAUAUGCACGUAGAUCCACUCGUACAAGGAAUUAAUUGAUGGCACAGAAUUGCCACGUUGUUACGGCAGAACUGGCUUUUUCCUGAAUUGUAAAAGGUGCUUCAGGCCGCAGUCGUAUAAAGGAUUCAUUUUAUAAGCCAGGCACUUUUCUAUGAAAUGGAUAAAAAUUGUUCCAAUCUGGAAAUAAACAUAGAACAAUACUUCUGCUGUGAAGAGUACCCUUACCUCUUCAAUAACGUCUUUUAAUAAAUGCUUUUUUUGCUGUGUUGAUUUUUGCUUUUGCUUUAUAUCGCUAAUAAUUUCAACAGACAUCUUUUUUUUUGCACAUUUAAUUUGAAGUCCUGAGAGUAAAUUCAUUCAUUCAUUCAUUUUCUACCGCUUGUUCCUCACGAGGGUCACAGGGGGUGCUGGAGCCUAUCCCAGCUGUCUUUGGGCGAGAGGCUAGGUACACCCUGGACUGGUGGCCAGCCAAUCACAGGGCACAUAUAGACAAACAACCAUUCACACUUACAUUCAUACCUAUGGACAAUUUGGAGUCGCCAAUUAACCUAGCAUGUUUUUGGAAUGUGGGAGGAAACCGGAGAAAAACCCGGAACAUGCAAACUCCACACAGAGAUGCCCGGAAUCGAACACCAGUCUCCUAGCUCUGUGACCUGCACGCUAACCACUCACACACUGUGCAGCCUGGAUGGAUGAUAAUUUAUUUCAUGAUAAUAUAGUAGAGCUGUCAAUCAAUUGAAAUCUAAUAAAAAUAGUUAAUUGUGAUUAAUCAUAUUUAACUCACAAUUAAUCACAGAAGUUUUUAUUCCGUUUUUGCAUGUUAUUUUAUUCAUUCAUUCAUUUUCUAGCGCUUUUCCUCACAAGGGUCGCGGGGGUGCUGGAGCCUAUCCCAGCUGUCUUCGGGGAGAGGCGGGGUACACCCUGGACUGGUGGCCAGCCAAUCCCAGGGCACAUAUAGACAAACAAGCAUUCACACUCACAUUCAUACCUAUGGACAAUUUGGAACCUAGCAUGUUUUUGGAAUGGGGGAGGAAACCGGAGUACCCGGAGAAAACCCACGCAUGCACGAGGAGAACAUGCAAACUCCACACAGAGAUGGCCGAUGGUGAAAUUGAACCCUGGUCUCCUAGCUGUGACGUCUGCGCGCUAACCACUGGACCGCCGUGCCGCCCCCUGAAAGUAAAUGUUUCACAUAAAUUACCGAGUCACUUAAUUUUACUAGCCGCCUGUGCUCUGGAGGUGGGAUAAAUGUCUGAUUAAAGCCGAAUGAUUUAUGUCACACAUUAAAAGACUUUUGUAGGCUGUUAAGGAUCAUUUGGAAGUGUAAAUUGAAUGUCACUUCAAUUAACUUUAUUGAUUCUCUCUAUCAAAAAAGCCAAAAAGCCAAAAACAAAGCAACACUGACCAUACUGGAAAGAAGGCAAAAGCAUUAAGGGAUCUUUAUUUUUGGCGACGUACAAACUUUUCCAAGUCUUGUGGAAUCUAACUCUUGGACUCCUGAACCGUUGCACACUAAAAGGUGAACAUUUCCCAAAAAUGCACCCCUGCUGUUAGUUCCCUGACAUGUACACCACAUGGUGGCACUGUUAUUAAACCCCUAAGGUUUGACCCCACAAGUCGAAUUGAGGGGGAAAAAAAAUCUCACUCUGCUCAAUUCCUUCCCUAAAACACUGACUGUAACUUUAGGGUGUUGAGCACUUGGAAAAUUGUAGCGUAGUUGUUUGGAAAUCAAGCAAAGAAAGCAUCUGGUGGACUAACACUAACUGUCCAUAAGUCAUUGACCAUUUAUGAAACCAUGAGGAUAUUUAUAUUACAUGUAUUGUUGGAAAUAUCAGACAUACUUUUGACUGUACAUUAGUCACAUAAAGAAUGAAAACCACUUAUGUACUACAAAAUUCCAAAAACAAAUUUCAUCUCACGACCUUAGCCUGAUCUUGUUAGGGCUUUGUGGAUCACCCUAUGACUAGUUUAGCUUGUGUUUUAUUUGAAUUUCAGUGGUUCAGUGGUUCAGUGUGUUAUGUGUUGCCUUCACUGACAGUCUGCAUUGGUUCAGGUUGGUCAUUGAGGGCUUGGAAACCGAAGAAAACCCAGAGGGUCUUAAAAGUUCCUGCUGUUAGGUAAUGUUGGAAGUGAUCGUCUCUCCCCUGGGGUUGAUUAGUCUCGGCCCGUGUAACUUUCUCUUAAUAGGAUAUGACCCCUUAUAGCCCCCCCCCCCCCCCCCCCGACAACAAGCGUCCCACCAUUUCUGCCACAUUCCACCCUCAGCCCUCAGACGCGGCCUAUAGCUGCUGUUUAGUUUAAAACCUGGCUGCUAGCAAUUAAAUGUGCUAUGUCAAACAUAUUCUCUGGGAAACUUGUUGCAAUUGGUCCCUAGCAGCCUACUCGCAGGGCCAAUAAGUAGGUGUCUCUGUUACCGCUGCAGAUUUUUAAAAAGCCUGCUGAUGAUUGCACAAUACAGCACAGAGUUAUUAUAUAGUCUAUCGUUUUGUCCUGGUGGGUACACUGCAAAAAAUGAUGGGUUCUUUUCAUAAUUGUUUAAAUUCAAGUGUAUAUCAGUGAUUGAUCGGUAGAUAGGAAAACAAAUAAUGGAUGGGUUCAAUGAAAAAAGAUGUUUAUUUCUACCUUUUUUCAUUCUUUAGUAAUUAGCAGUAGAACAUUGGUAAGUUUCAGCAAAAUAUCAUUCAUUCAUUUUCUACCGCUUAUCCUCACAAGGGUCGCGGGGGUGCUGGAGCCUAUCCCAGCUGUCUUCGGGCGAGAGGCGGGGUACACCCUGGACUGGUGGCCAGCCAAUCACAGGGCACAUAUAGACAAACAACCAUUCACACUCACAUUCAUACCUAUGGACAAUUUGGAGUGGCCAAUUAACCUAGCAUGUUUUUGGAAUGUGGGAGGAAACCGGAGUACCCGGAGAAAACCCACGCAUGCACGGGGAGAACA